AUGGCGAAGAAUCGUCGAGGGUUCCGUAACCACAACGGUACCAUCACCUUAGCUCCACGCCGAGGACCAACGCGGACUUCUUCUAGGAAGAAAGGACGUUUGCGUCCAAUCGUCGUUCAAGCUCGUCGUCGUCCCAGCUUUCUGGAUAUAACGCUAAUAGAGAGUCGUGAACGACGACGACGACGACCGAUGAUCACCGGUCAAACCGGAACACGAGUCGACGACAAGGUCGAUUGCGGCGACACUUGUUCCGCAGCGGAUGAGAUUCGUGCGAUGCCGAUGAGUGCUGAGUGA